CAGCAGCAAUGGGAGGCCCGUAAAUCUUGCCAGCACCCUAUGACAAAAUGGAACACACCCAGCAGUGUGAGGAGACCUGAAAGAGUGGCACAUGGCAGAGUGUGGCGAUGGAGACAGCAGCAAUGGGAGGUCUGUACAGGGACCCAUGAGACACUCUGGACCUGGCAGCUAGCAUGAGGAGGCGGUACGGGGGCCCAUGGCAGAUUACGGGCCUGGCAGCAGCAAUGGGAGGCCCGUAAAUCUGCCAGGCACCCUAUGACAAAAUGGAACACACCAGCAGUGUAGGGAGACCUGAAGUGGCACCCAUGAGACACUCUGGACCUGGCAGCAGCAUGA